AUGACUGGAGUCAAUGAAAAGCCCAUCCCCAAGGAGGGCUGGAAGGAGGAUCUGAGGAAAUACAAGUCUUUCAGCCUGUCCUUGGUGCUGGGAAAGGUGAUCUCUCUGGUGGAUGUGGGUAAAUUUGUGGAUGUUAUCUACCUGGACUUCUAUGGCACAGUGCUGGACAAGCUGGCAGCUCACAGCUUGCUGAGGGGCAGUCUUUGCUGGGUUAAAAUCUAUCUGGAUGGUCACCCACUGUGGUGGAGAGACUUUUUUCUGAGGAGCAACGAAUUGCUUCUCUGUGCAACACUCAGAUAUUGCCUUUUUGCUGUUCUGAGUCAAUGUUCAUUUCCAUUUCUUUUCUACGCUGUUAACUUGCAAGCACAAAAACCUCCUAGGAGGCUGAACUUCUCAGUGAGUUUGAUUUUAGCAGAAGCCUGUAAAGCACUUAUUGAAGAUAAGGUGUCCUUCUGAAGGAAAAUACCACUCAGAGAACCUAACUGCACGGAGUACCUCACACAGAACCCCCACAUCACCUGAGCCCUCGCAGCCAAGGAGGCCACCCACACCCUCACGUCAUGACGUUGCACCAAGUGUUUUGAGACUUUUGAGCUCUCCUUCAGGGAGCUGUUCAUGCUCCAGAGUGUCUACCGCGUUCAUGGGGAUGAUUCAAGGAGCCAAUUCCCUUCCAGCAGGCAGCACUGCCUUCUCAGUGCCUCUCUUGUUUCCUGGGCAAAGAGGGUGCUCCAGGGCAGCAUCUCCCACCUGUGGACUGACCUCCACUGCACGAGAGACCUGUUGGCCUUGGCCGUGCCCUGGUGCUACCUACUCAACACCUGUGGUCAGGACCUCUCCUUGAACAGGGAGAUCAUCCCGCUGCUGAAGGACCUUGGGGGCAAGAACAUCACACCCAGGGUGCUGCCAUCUCCCUACCUGCACCACCUGCACGUGCACAGGGAGCAAUUUUACUCUUCCUUCUCUUUCAUGAUGUGGACAUUUGUGUGCAAGACACUGCCGGCCAGAAAACCUGGCCAUCUAUUUUGGUACAUGGCCAUCACCUGGCUCUUUGUGGGAUUCAUGCUGCAGGACCAGCAUGUUCUUCAUCUGCUGGUGUGGCCCAGGGUCACCAACAGCCCUGAGGGGCACUCCUGA